AUGGCUCCUCCACUCAACCUCCUCAUCCGCGCCCUCGUCGCCUUCGAGGACGUAAUCAUCAGACAGGUCCGCACGCACCACUACCCCUCCUACGGCCCAGGCUUCCACCGCGGUGUCGGCCGCAUCCAACGAUUCGUAGACGAGAAGCAGAACGGGCCGAUGCCGCAUGAGCCGUUGCGACAGGGAGAAGCGUCAGCUAAUCCCGAGGAUCGAGGGUUCGCACACCACUUCUUCGAGGAGCUGAAGAAUCAGUUCCGCGGGACGCCGACGGAUCCGCCGCCGCGGGGACCGCCUGCGCCGCCGAAGCGGUGA